CUGUGGGACGAAAAUGUGUCUUCGUUUGAUAAUGUGAAAGUGAUUGUCGCUCCCUUUUUUUUUUCGAUUUAUUAUCGUUGACGAAGAAAAAAAUAAUUUCGAUAUAUAAAUAAAACAUAGUUGGAGUUAAAACUUGUCUGACCCUUUUUUACGUUUCCUUAAAAGUCAUUAUUUUCUGAAGAAUUUCUUUUUAAGUUGAAGUGGUAUAUACGUUUGAAUGAUGUGAAUCAUUUCCUUGUUUUUUGGGUUCUGUGAUCAGUAUUAGAUAUUAUUUACAAUAAUUCAAGUAAAUCACCUCACUACUUUUGUUUGUAUUUGUUACUGCAAUGGCCACAAAUGCUGGAACAGGACGCAGUUUUUCAUUUAAAGUGGUACUUCUUGGAGAAGGUUGUGUUGGUAAAACCUCAUUGGUCCUUCGAUAUGUUGAGAAUAAGUUUCACGAGAAACACCUAAGCACUCUUCAAGCUUCAUUUCUCAAUAAGAAGUUAAAUAUUGGUGGCAAGCGAGUUAAUCUGGCUAUUUGGGAUACUGCUGGGCAGGAAAGAUUCCAUGCUUUAGGCCCUAUUUAUUAUAGAGAUAGUAAUGGAGCUAUAUUAGUUUAUGAUAUAACGGAUGAAGACUCUUUCAAAAAGGUCAAGAAUUGGGUGAAAGAAUUGAGAAAAAUGUUAGGUGAUGAUGUUUGCCUUUGUAUAGCCGGAAAUAAAACCGAUUUAGAGAAAGACAGGGCAGUUCCAGUAGGAGAAGCUGAAGCGUAUGCAGCUUCAGUGAGAGCCAAACAUUUUUCAACAUCAGCAAAGCAAAAUAGAGGCAUUGAGGAAAUGUUCUUAGAUUUAACUCGAAGAAUGAUUGAAAUUUCUGAAGCUAAUGAUCAUCGAGCUAAUAGUUUAGGCAGGGUAGGAAAUCAGAGACGAAAUGUAGUGAUUGUUGAUGAUGAACCACAGCAGCAAAGAACUGGAUGUUGUGGCGGUGGUUGAUGUUUUUGUCAUGUUUUAUGGAAAAAUUACUGUACCCCAUAUACAAUUAGAUGCUACUGCUUGAAAUUUAUUCUGAAAAGUAAAUUAAGCUCUGUAGGAAACAAAAGUAUUAAAAUCUGAAAAUACCAUGUGGCAUUUUUAAAGUUUUUAUAUUUAAUAUUUAUGUUUUAAUUUAGCAUAGUCACCUACUUCAGACAAAUAACCUUGUAAAUUGAAUCUGAAUUUAAGUAUAUUUUUCCAGAUUUGCUAAAGCACUUUCAGGAUAUUUUGAUAAAUCUUAGGUGAUAAAGGGGAUACUAAUAGAAAUAUUUUGAGAAAGCUAGUUUUAUGUAAUGAGAUUUAUACAACUUUAGUUAAUUCUUUAUAUGUCUUAGUUAUUGAAUGAUCCAAAAUAUUAAAACGUAAUUGUUUAUUAGCUAUGUUCCGAAUGUUCUGUGUGUGAAGAGCUUCCAAACGAUUAAAUUUAUUUUUUAGCUGUAACAUAUUUUUAAAAUAAUCAUUUUCAUGUAAAUAAUAUUUAAGAUUUAAUCAGCAUAUUCUUUUUUUAGCUACAGUAGCUUGCUUGUAGUAAAUUCAGGAUUCUUCCUGCCUAAAUAGUUCUGUAAUUUUAUUUAAACAAAUUGUUGUUAAAAAAUUAACUUCCAAAAUUGAUUCCUAGUAGAAGAGAGGCAAUGGUCAUAGCUUUUAAUUUUAAAUAUUUCUAUCAAAAAUUGCUGCACACUUUUAAAUAUACAUGCGAAAUGCUUUAAUUAUUCUGUAAAUUAAUGCCUGUUUUAUAUAAAUAUGAUCUUGCAGUACUUUUCAAGAGGACAUUUCUUGUCAAGAUAUAACUUUUUAUAAUAUUUAUGAGUAGGUGACAGCAAAAUGAAAUAGUUAAGUGCCACAGAACUUGUGAUAUGUUUUUGUUACAAACUAAAAGGGCUGUAAUUUUUCCAUGUAUUUAUGUUCCUAAAAGAUUAGCUAAGCAGUAACAGAAAAUUAUUUUCGAAAUAUGUUUUGUUCAGUUUUGAUUAAUGUAAUUUCACAAAUUUAAAGUGUAUGUGAAUGUUUACUUUUAAAUGUAAAAAGAGUUGUAGCUAAUCUUGUUAUACUUCAAAACUUUUUGUGGAACUUUUAUAUGUAAUAUAUAUAUAAAUAAUGAAUAUAUAUAUACACACACGAGUCAAUAAACUGUGUCAACAUACAAUGGUUUAAAUGGAAAUUAUUUGUUAUGGUGAGAUCAACAAACUAAAUGCAGGCUUAUAAAAUUUAAUUGUAUAAACAACAACAAAAAAUAAAAUAAAAACACUCUAGAUCACAUUAGAAAAGUUUAAUGAACAGAAUGUACAGCCUAUUUAUUGCCAUAUUAACAUAUGAAUAUGUAUAAUGAACAUAAACUUUUAAAGAAUUGUCUACAUUUUCUAUUCUGUAUCAUUUCUUUCUCAUAUGAGGUCAAAAAUAUUUAACAUUACAGAAUUAAUUUUUACAUAAUGGACACAGUCUUCAGAACAGAAGAAUAGGCAGUUUCAUUUGUAGAUUAACAGCAGCAUUAUAUAUUCUUUUAAAUGCUUCAUUGCUAGAAUAUAGAAAUAUCUGUACACACAAGAAAAUAAAAAGGAAAUAAAUGUUUUGUAUACAUGCAGUAUCACAGAAAUUCAUCUUGUGAUUGUUAUAUUCAUUUUAGCAGUAUACAGCUAAUAAAGUUUGAAUAGAGUAAAUAGUACUUAGCUUUACAUUUCAUUAUCAUAAAGCUUUCUAGAAUUCAAGAAUUUUAUUACUUGUUAGGAAAUGCUCUGUGAUUGCAUUGAGGAGAAGUACUGCAUUUGUUGUGGGACUAAACAUUUUAAAUAUUUAUGAUAUUGAAUUAAAAAGGUCUAGAGAUACAUUAUUAGAAAAACAUCUCAUGAAAAUAAAAAAUGAACAGCUGAAUUACCAACUAUAAGUAACGUAGUUAAGUAAUACAGAUUAAGGGGACACACAGUACCCACUUGACCUUUUUUUUUUACAUUUUCCAACUUAUGAUGGAAAAUUAUACUUGUAUUUUACAAAAUUCAAAUUCUGUUUGUAAUGCCUUGUUUUAAAGUAUUACUAAGCUGCUUGUCUAAAUAAAAUUUUAAAUUACACCUAAAAA